AUGGUUCUGCCCCCUCCAGGGGGACACAAUGUCAAUGUUAAUAAUAUGCUUGCUGAGAGAGUCUUCUAUAUUCUCAUGAACUCAAUGCUGAAUAAGUGGACCAGUUCAAGAUUCACUUGGUUCAAUUUGGUGCUGCGGGGAUGCCAGAAUGCACAGUUGCUCAUGGAUAUGAUUGUCAUUGGACAGUGGUAUGGCACCCAUGUGACUGAAGACAAAGUGCCAAAAAAGCGCCUAACCAUCAAGUUCUGUAAUCUUGAAGACAAUCUCAAGGCUGCCGUCUCUUGUUCGCCACCCAAGGGCACCACUGACAUGGCAGACACUGCCACCUUCACCUUGGAUGGCUCUGGUUCUGACAACAACUCAGAUGACUCAGAUGAUGACAUGGAUGGCUGA